AUGUUUUCCCCUCGCACUUUGACACCUAUAAUUAUUCGACGUUUUGCUAAUUAUUAUUUCCCAAAAGGAAUAGGUGGUUGUUUCAGAUUCCAGAUAUGUAUUAACGCAUACAAGAGUCAAUCCGGUUUUAUGAAAGAAACAGGUGGCCUGUCAGUCGAUUUGCCAAAUUGCAGAUUCUUUCAAUCUCGAAAAAGGAACUUAAGCCGGGAUACUAGUGCCGUAAAAUGUUCCCUUUCGGUCGAAGAAAUAAAAAAGUGGAAUCCAGCACAAGUUGUUAGUUUUUUGGAGUCUCAAAAAGACAAGUUACAUGUUAAUGAUGAUUAUAUUAAUAUAAUUAAGAAGGCUAAUGUCUCUGGUUCAGACUUCCUCCAUCUUUUAGCAGUAGAUAAGCUCAAAAGUAUCGUAGCUAGGAUACCCACCAAUAAAGUUCACGUCUUUGUUGACAACUCCAAUAUUUGGAUUGAAGGAAAGUAUGCUGUUGGCGAACUCGAGCGGUUGGGUUCUUUUGAUUAUGACAGAAAUUCCUAUUAUUUCGGCCAACUUCGUAUUGAUUACGGUCGACUUCUUACAACGGUUCAGCGUGAACGUGAGUUGGGCAGUUCUCCUGUCAUUGUUGGCUCACGCCCGCCACCAAACGAUUCUUUGUGGGAACGCAUUCGACAACAAGGGUAUGAGGUUAGCUUGAAUAAUCGUGAGAAAAAGGUUGAUGCGACACUCGUAUGUUCUAUGUAUGAAGUAAUCUCCAAGGAGGAUCCUGGAGUAUUGGUAUUGAUUGCUGGUGAUCGCGAUUACGAACCCGUGAUAACACAAGCCCUCAAUAAAAAAUGGAUUGUCGAAACGUGGUUUUGGAAUUCAGGGAUGUCUAUGGAACUUAUAUCUAAAACAAAUUUUAAUUCUUUGGGCAACUAUUAUCGGUCCUUCGCAUACGGCUAUGGGCCUGAUCGUGGCGAGAAAAGUUAUAUUCUUGAAAUUACUGAUGGAGAUGUAAUUACUAGUUGGGAAGACCAAGAUAUAUUUAAAUGGUUUAAUACAUUGAACUUAUUUGGUUGGUGGAAUUGGAUUGGUUAUGAAACUUUGCAACUGUAUUUCAAUAAUACGACGAGCUUGAAGGUGUUAAAGACGUGGGUUAAAGAUAAUCAUCAAGAUGUACAAGUUCGGGAAAGAAAUUAA